CUAUCUAACUAAGUUUGUUGUUCAUUCCAACUUCCCACUGUGUAUGAAAAGUUACAGUAGAGCUGUUUCAUGAUGAACUGUUUCAAUGAGAAGGUAGAUGUUAUUUCAUGCUACUGACACUUGCAUGGUUUGACAUCAGUAUUGUCAGCAUUUGUUUUAUUUACUGAGCUGUCUGGAGUGAUCAGAGAGUAGACUAAAGAAGUGAAGUAGACAAACUGCCAGUGUUUAAAUUUCUAUGAAGUGAGUCUGUGUCCUUUCUAACCCUUGUUAUAGUGAAUGGAUGUUGAUAUGAAAUGAGUCUGUGUAGUUACUAACCCUUGUUAUAGUGAAUGGAUGUUGAUAUGAAAUGAGUCUGUGUAGUUACUAACUCUUGUGAUAGUGAGUGGAUGUUGAUAUGAAAUGAGUCUGUGUAGUUACUAACUCUUGUGAUAGUGAGUGGAGGAUGAUAUGAAAUGAGUCUGUGUAGUUACUAACCCUUGUUAUAGUGAGUAGAGGAUGACAAGCCCCUUUUUUUAGCUUUCACCUCUUACCCACUUUUAGAAUAGUUUUAUUCCCCUGUAUUGUACAGGCUCCUGAUAUGAAUACAUAUGUCACCCGGUACAGACAGAAGAGGACCGGCCACCCCUUUGAGCCUGGUUCCUCUCUGUUUCCUCCAAGGUUCCUGCUUUCUAGGGAGUUUUUCGUGGCCAUUGUGCUUCUACAUCUGCAUUGCUUGCUCUUUGGGGAUUUCGGGAGACCAUGUUGAGACAUUCUCUACAUCCAGAGAGCAUCAGCAGGAAGAUCACAUUGCAAAGAGGUCUCACCACUGCACACAUUGUGAGGAGAUUUUCCCAUUUCUAUCAAAGCUAAAAAUACACCUAAAAAUACACACAGGAGAAAAGCUUUACUCCUGCUCUGAAUGUAGAAAAUGCUUGAAAACUUCAACUAAACUAAAAGUUCAUCAAAGAACACACACAGGAGAGAAGCCUUACUCCUGCUCUGAAUGUGGGGCGAGUUUCUCUCAACUGGGUACCUUAAAACAACAUGAACGUAUACACACAGGAGAGAAGCCUUACUCCUGCUCUUACUGUGGAAAGAGUUUCUCUCAACUGGGUACCCUACACAAACAUGAACGUAUACACACGGGAGAGAAGCCUUACUCCUGCUCUGACUGCGGGGCUUGUUUCUCUCAUCAGAACAACUUAAAACGUCAUGAACAUAUGCACACAGGAGAGAAGCCUUACUCCUGCUCUGUCUGUGUAAAAUGCUUCAAAACGUCAACUGCGCUAAAAGUUCAUAAUGGAACACACAGAGCAGAGAAGCCUUUCUUCUGCUCUGACUGUGGAAAGAGUUUCUCUCGUCGGGAUACCUUAAAACAACAUGAACAUAUACACACAGGAAAGAAGCCUUACUCCUGCUCUGACUGCGGGGCUUGUUUCUCUUAUCGGAACAACUUAAAACGUCAUGAACAUAUGCACACAGGAGAGAAGCCUUACUCCUGCUCUGACUGUGGAAGGAGUUUCUCUCAACUGGGCUACCUAAAAAGACACGAGCGUUUACACGCAGGAGAGAAGCCUUACUCCUGCUCUGACUGUGGAAUGAGUUUUUCUGAACGGGGCACCUUAAAACAACAUGAACGUAUACACAAAGGAGAGAUGCCUUACUCCUGCUCUGAAUGUGGAAAAUGCUUCAAAACAUCAAAAUCACUAAAACUUCAUCUUAGAACACACACAGGAGAGAAGCCUUACUCCUGCUCUGAAUGUGGGGCGAGUUUCUCUCAACUGGGUACCUUAAAACAACAUGAACGUAUACACACAGGAGAGAAGCCUUACUCCUGCUCUGACUGCGGGGCUUGUUUCUCUCAACGGAACAACUUAAAACGUCAUGAACAUAUGCACACAGGAGAGAAGCCUUACUCCUGCUCUGAAUGUGGGGCGAGUUUCUCUGAACGGGGCACCUUAAAACAACAUGAACGUAUACACAAAGGAGAGAAGCCUUACUCCUGCUCUGACUGUGGAAAGAGUUUCCGUCAACUGGGUACCUUAAAACAACAUGAACGUAUACACAAAGGAGAGAAGCCUAACUCCUGCUCUGACUUUGAAAAGAGUUUCUCUCAGGAGUAAGAGAAGCCUUAGUCCUUUUCUGACUGUGGGGCAAGUUUCUCUCGUCCGGACACCUUAAAAUGACCUGAACAUAUACACACAGGAGAGAAGCGUUACUCCUGCUCCGACUGGAAAGUGUUUCUCUUGAAUGUGCCAUUUAAAAAGACACCAAAGGAAACACGAGAGGAGCCUUACCACUGAUCUGACUGUAGAAAAUGUUAAAACACCAACUGAGCUUAAAGGUCAUUAGAGAAAAGACAAAGGAGAGAAGCCUUAUUUCCGCUCUCAAUGUGGCAAAGAGUUUUUCCCAAUUGGGCAAUGUAAAAACACACCAACGGAUACACACUUCAGAGAAGCCUUAUCACUGCACUGACUGUGGGAAGAGGUUCUACAGAUUGGGUCAUUUAAAAAGACACAAAUGUAUACAUAAAGGACAGGCCUCAUCAGUUCUCUCAGACCAGCUAAGAUUAGACACUCCACUUAAUUCUCAUGUCAUUAAAUAAUUGGCAACGUUGAAUUGGAUCAAAUGAAGAAAGUGUAGAACACUAUUGUAAUCCUGUAGUUUCUCACUGUGAGAGAACAAUGCAGAGGAAAGGGAGCAUUAUAGAAUGUUAGUCUCGCUUUACUGAUCAGUGUGCACCUUGUCAGUUUUGGUGUGAGAGAGAAUAAAGUAGACGGCACACGUCAAACGUUUGAAUUAUGACCCUAUGUCCGGAUGAUGUGUGCAUUCCCAUAUUUGGGCAUCCGGUAAGGACAUCCUGGUGGGAAGUGAUCACGUGGUUAUGCCCAUAUAUGUUCAUCCUGUUCCUGUUCUCACGCCUUAGAGUGAGUGCGACAAUAUGUAUAUAAUGCCUUUGAAGUUGUCAUGAUGAUUGAUGUCUAGUGACCUCUUUGAACUGGGGGGAUGACCAUUUCAAAGAGUUUGACCCCCCCACCUCCUGUUUUAUUGACCUUAGGGUUGUUGUCUAUGAAACACGAAUGUCCUGGGGUAUUGGGGUUGGCAGACACCUUAUAAAUAAAGCCCAGAACAAGACAUGUGUCCCCAGAACACUAAACAAGAUUUUUUAAAUCAGCAUGGAUUUUGUGAUCAGUGGCAAAGCUGUGAUGACUGUAACAACGGAAGCAGGACCUCGGUUGAAACAUCGAGAAAGGGCCAAGUAUCAAGCCACAAUAUACGAUGCGCCAAAAAAAGCGGUUUCUAAGUGUGUAUAGAACCCAAAUACCGCCCGCAACUACGCUGAAAGAUCAAGUGCUGAUGUCUAAUGGACAUCAAUCGGGGUAUCGGUUUGAUUACCUGGCCUGUAGAGUGAACCUCUAUACGGUAGCCGAAGGAGAAGAAUAUACAGACCAUACUUUAGGAGUGGACUACGGGCUUGAAGACUGGGCGGUUUUUCGCAAGGUUGUGUGUCCCGAACUGAGCCUUAUCACCAAGGGGUAUAGCUUGUUCAAGGUGCCCCUGACUCCUCAGGAAGAAUAAUUCACAGGGUGAAAAUACAAAGAAAGAAUGAACUUCCAUUUGGCUACGUGGAGUUCUAUUUCGGCAACGAGGAAACCCGCAACCAAAACAUUUGAUGGUGGGGAUUUUAGGUUGCGCAUGCUUAUUCCUUUUCAAAUUUGGGAUCUAAUGGAAUUGAAAAUGUUCCAGCUUUUGGACGCUCUCUUUGUACAGAGCCAACAGCGGCAGAGCAUUGUUCAUGUAAAGAAGUGCAUAAUAUAUACGAAUCCUGAGGAUUAUGAUUCAAAGGAGCCCCAAUUAGGUACAUCCUCAGAAGGGACAGCCUCCGAAGACAACUAAGUAUGCGGUUGCGUUAACCACGCCCUGAUGCCCAAAGGACUGGUUCAACAAUAAAAGGAGUGCCCUUAAAGCCUCCAGUUCUUCAUUUCAUCAUACACCAUGGAUAUUCAUACAACAUACCAGGACUCCGAUACGACAUGGGGGCCAGACCCUAAGGACUUUAUGCCUGGCGAGACCCACGACACCCCCUACAUGUACACAGCCGGAGGACGUGUUUGAUGGGGUAGUCAGUACUAUGUUUGUGGACACCAUCAAGGCCUCUGUAGCCACACUUCUAGACGUGGUGAUUGGAGAAUAUAUAAGAGAGAAAUGCAUCGGUUGUGAGAUCAAUCACCCCAGCAAGCGCCGUAUAUGACCCGCCAAGAUACUACUUCUUCAACCAAUUUGAGGAGCUGGUGAAAAGACUGUGUUCCUGCAGGUUUAUACCAUCGCUGGUCAGAGUCCUGGAAUCUAUGGGUCUUGUGCCGUGUAUCCCCAGAGUUUACUUGGUAACCACGGCAUUCCUACAUGAACUGAAGGAGGCAAUCUACAUCCACGAUAAACUCAAAGAAAUCCGACACACCCUGUUGGACGACAAUAAAUACCAGGAAGCUGUGGUGGCUGAUGUGAUGACUUUCAGGCACAAUAAACCCCAAGUGACCGAGUGACAUUUUGUUAUUUAGAUGUAAUGGGCAACUAUGUGUAUACGAUUUUAGAGAUAAUAAAUAAAUGUCUUCUUUUGAGAGAA